AUGGCUGGACCAGUCAAGACCAAGCGUGCCCCGGGCCGCAAAAACGCACCCACCCAGUCUAUCAGACAAACCCGGGCCCGAUCAAGGCUCACCAACGCUCCCCCUCUAAUGAACGGCCUCGACGACCGAGGAAAGCCCAAGGACGAGCUAGCCAAAGAACCCGAGAAACUGACUUACAGCGAGGUGCUGGAUAAUAUCAACAAGCAGAAGAAGCAAGUCACCUUCCGGCGCAGUGAGAGCCCCGAGCCGGAAGAUCACAAUGAUCGCAGCGGUCGUCGCCGCCGGUCCGCCCCAGCUCCUCCGUUGAGUGAGAGCUCCAGCAGCGCCUCGGAAUAUGACGCGCCCGAAGGUGGCAAUGGCAAAGACGGAUCCGGAUCAGGGUCGGGCAAGUCAGCUGCCUCGGAACACAAUGCGUCUGAAGACAGUAAUGGCGAAGAUACCAAUGGCGAAGACAAGUCGAACUCAGGCAAGUCAGCUGCCUCUGCACGGGGUACUCCAAGCCGUCAUGAGUCCACUGUUCUCCGCUCGUCCAGCUCUUCAGACAGUGACCAAGAUGCCGACGACCCAAUUUCGCCUACCCUCACUCGGCGUCGUUCCCUGGCAUCGGCAUCUUCGGUCCCAAACAGCCAAGAAAGAAGUUUCCAAGGUCGGCGUCCCAAGAGCCGCACAUUGCCUCCUAUCAGAACACUUAACCUCCCCCGUCCUGAGGUCCCAACGAGUAGAUUACUCCCCGACGACAGCGCCUGGGAUUCCAUCGAGAGCAGCUCAGAUCAACCCCCAUUGGUGGCGAAUGGUACCCCAGAUGAACCAUCAAAUUAUAGAUCCGACCCCCUCAAAUUUUCGCCUUUUGUAGAUACUUCUCCGACUCGGGCCCCCUACAGCGGCAGUUCUACGGACUCUCGGGGCAGUGUGACAGGCGGUCUCUCUCCAGGAAGAAUACCAUCUAGGGCUACUCGCCGCAAGAGGAGGCCCACGGCUAACAUCGAGCCCCAACUCCCGGAAAUCAAGCAGGAGAAUUCGGUCUCUCCCCCUCCAGAGUCAGGGGGUGGUGGCACUAGCACUUCCUCUGCCGAUUCCUCUGCCCCGGGAAGUUCCGGUGACCAGCAGCGCACGAGGAAGCGGUCUGAAGACGAUGAGGGUUCGAGUCCGCAAGCCAAGAAGCGUCGCGCUUCCGAAAAUAAUUCGAACUCUCCCACUCCGGAAUCAGAGAGUAGCAGCUCUAGCAGCUCCCCUGCCCCGGGGUGUUCAGGUGACCAGCAGCGCACGAGGAAGCGGUCUGAGGACGAUGAUGGUUCUAGUCCGCAAGCCAAGAAGCGUCGCGCUUCCAAGGAGGACGGAUUCUUCUAUGACGUCGAUCCUUCUUCCUCAGCGACGCCGAAGUCUGGGAGCACCAAGAAUAACCAGGCGAAGAAGACUCAGUCAACAAAGAGCAACCCCCCCAGUCAGCCAGUUGAUGGCCAGAAACCCAAGGCCAAAAGGUAUCACAUCAUGGGGGUGGACUGUAUCAAGGUCCAUCGGUGUCGUAAGGGAGUCUGUCAUCAAUGUCAUGCCAAGUGGCAUAGCAGUUGGGCUUGGUACUUCCAAGUGGAAGAAGAGAUUGCUCUAACGUUGGAGAACCCCGACCACAGUCUGCAUGAUACAUGCGAAGAAGUGUACGAGGAUGGUGACGGGAUAUUGCCGGAUAGGUCAGGCGUGGAGAUUGUAAACGGUAUGCCUUGUCCACCGAAAGGCGGAAGUGUGCGGGCUCACCCUGUACGCAUAGCCAAGAAAAGGCUUCUUCAGAUGAAGGCCUUGAAGGAGUAG